AUGUGGAGGACUGGUGCGGUGUCCGGCCCAGACCGUCUGUUGGCGAUCAGAAAAGUGAGUAGAAUUCUGCAUUUCCUUAUCACCAUUUGAUUUCCUUCUUUAUGAUGUUUUUCCAGAUAUUUGAGCGCUCGGGUUUGUGUGGACCCGUCUUGGGACUUGGAGCGGGAUCUUCUUCUCCCUCCGCCCGACUGCAACUGCACCCAUACAGUUAUGAGCUGUGCUAUUCCUUCGAUGCCAUUCCUCUUGGUAUUCGUUUUCUUGUUUGCUCAAGUCAUUAUCUUAAUUCUUUGGGUGUUCCGUGCCCAAGUCAUAAGUUUCGUAAGUUUUUUACGACAUGA